GCGGCCAGCGCCGGCAGUCGCGCGCGCGCUCCCCUCGCUGUCGGUCGUCGGACGCGCACUCUCCUCGGUCGCCGCUCCGUGCCAUGGUGCAGCCCGCUCGCUAGAGAAGCCACCGAACCUGUGACACGCCAGGCUCCCUGCCCCGUCCGGUCGGCGCUGAGCAUCGCGGGUAUAUUCGUUAUUAACGGCACCAAGCACAACUCAUCAUGAGGGCACUGUAUCUCGUUCUCUUUCUGUUGGGAGUAACAGCAGCAAGACGUUUCCAGCCACUUAUCAGGGGAAGCGCUCGCUCCAUCCGGCCUCUGCCAUGCACCCACAAGACCAGCGGGGAGCGCGGCGUCUGUAUGUUCGCCUGGAACUGUAUGAAACUCAAGGGAGUUCACCUCGGCACGUGCAUGGACGGCUUCUACUUCGGCAGCUGCUGCGCCUUCCGCAAGCCGAUGCCGAACACCGUCGACGACGGUGGGCUACCGCUACCGCCUGAUGUUAAGGACAAGCCCGUCAAGGUUCCCACCACUUCUACAACAACUUCUACGACUACUACGUCUACCACUACCACAGAAGCUCCCGAAAUCAAGGUGAGCACUUCCACAGAAAGCUCUCAGAGCAUGUUAGAACUGAAAACUCCAAGCGCGGAGACUGAGGAGGAGAAGCAGAAGACGACGACGACCAAGAAGCCUACGGAAAUAACCGAGAAGACUCCGGUCACGGAGAAGAUACCGUCGACGUCUUCUGCAGCUCCUGACGUCGCGGAACAGGAGACGACCGCAGCCAGUGAGGAAACCACCAGUGCGUCUGCGACACCCGACGAGGACAUUAAGGCCUCCUCCGCCUCUCAAACCGAGUCGGCGUCAGGACAGGGCGAUGAGGAGGCGGACAAACAGGCUGCCGAGGAGGCUGCGUCUCAGCAGACACAGGGAGCUUCCACGACUGCAUCACCUGGGACAACAGAGGCACCGACAACCCAGAAACCCCAGACCGAGAAAACGACUACCUCAGCACCGAAAACGACUGAAACACCGACACAGUCAACGACGAAAGCCCCUAAACCUACCGAUAAGCCCACCACAGCCCAGUUGACGUCGACAAACGAAGUCUAUACAACCAGCAAAGUCCCAGUCGAUGCCACGACUGAAUCUGAGACCACAACCACGCCACAGACCGCCAGCUCUGCUCCGGUGACAGAGAAGGUGACCACUACAGAGAAGGUGACAACCGCCUCCGUGUCCACCACCACUGAAGACGCCUUCACUACCGCAUCUCUGCCAGAGUUCAGCACCUUCAUCCCCGACCUGAGCCAGACGUCCUCGCAGGCGACUUCCACGGAGGCAGCGACGACUGAAGCGGCGACAGUGACCACUCAGAAGCCGGAAACCACAGUGUCUGUUGCUGAAGCGACGGCAGGUGGUCAAGGGGCCUCGGAGGAACAGAAAGAAGAGAUGACGACGCAGACUAGUGCUCCGUCUUCCACUUCCGUUAGCUCCGAAGGAACCACGGCUACUGCAGAAAAGGUCGUCACAACUACGAAGAAGCCUGAGAAGCCUAGCACGGAAGCGACCACGACUGCCGCAGCCGAAGACGACAUGGACAAGGAGCAGAUCAAACAAGAGGAGCAGCCAGAGAUGGCUGAACCCAGCUCUACCACCAGCAAGCCGAUGACUGAAGCGACCUCGGCCACAACAGCAAAGCCAGCAUCCACUUCUUCAGAGGCUCCGGCCAGCAGCGCUGAGCCGUCGACCACUACGCCCACUAAACCGGAGACUACCACUGGUUCUUCCUCCACUGAGGCACCAGCUAAGGUCACUGACAAGGUGACGAAGCAGCCGACCACCGAGGCUUCCACCACAACUGCGAAGCCCGUGGACAGCGAUACAACCACACUGUCACCGGAGGAGGAGAAACAGACGGAGAAGCCCACCACGCAGCAGGAGAGCACCACGACCAUAUCUACGGAGCCGUCAUCCACCGCAGCAUCUACACAAAAACCUGCGACAGAGGCAUCCACCGCGGCGGCGCCCGAGACCACACAGGAACCGGUGACGAAACCGCCAACCACGACCACCACGGCCGAGCCGUCCACCUCAGCGCCAACGGAGACGACCACAGCGGCCACCAGCAAACCGACACCCUCCUCCACGGCCCAGCCGACGACAGAGGCAGCGGAGACCACGCCGGCUACAACAGAAUCAACCACCACCACAACAACCGAGCCUACCACUUCGGCCACGACCAAGACCACCACCUCGGCUACGACGACGACCGCCGUUCCUGAGCCCGUCACAGAGCCCGCGGCCGUCUCAUCUUCGGAGCCCUCGACGGCCGCUACCACCACCCAGAAACCGGCGUCCGUGUCCACGGAGGCUCCCACCGAGGCGACUACACAGCCUCCGACAGCGGGCACGACCAGCGGCUGGAUUCCGAUCACCGUCAGUCGACCACCGGCCCCCGUCGAGCCCGCCUCUCCUUCCACCGAAGUGCCGACGACGGAGCCGACAACGACGGAGCCUCCGACGACCGUCACUCUCAGCUCCAUCGCGUCGGUGACGGCGGCCAGCAGCUCCGCGAUGGCGGAAGCCACGACGACAGCGAUGCCGGUGGUGGACCAGGACUACAGCACAGGCUGCGGCAAACGAUACGUGCCACAGAAGAGGAUCGUCGGUGGCAACGUCUCCGACUUCGGCGAGUGGCCGUGGCAGGUAUCCCUCCGUCAGUGGCGUCAGGUCACCUACCUUCACAAGUGCGGAGCGGCUCUCGUGAACCAGAACUGGGCCAUCACGGCCGCCCACUGCGUCGAAGGUGUGAAGCCGGAGAGCCUGCUGCUGCGGCUGGGCGAGUACAACCUCGAGGACGAGUCGGAGCCGUACCACUUUGUCGAGCGGAGAGUCGAGCUGAUCGCCAUCCAUCCCGAGUUCGACUCGCGCACCUUCGAGUACGACCUCGCCAUGCUCAGGUUCUACGAGCCGGUGACGUUUGCGCCGAACAUCGUGCCCAUCUGCCUGCCGCAGGGAGAGGACGACUACCUGAACAGGACGGCCUGGGUCACCGGAUGGGGGCGCCUCUAUGAGAACGGGCCGCUGCCGUCCAAGCUGCAGGAGGUCUCUGUGCCGGUCAUUACCAACAGCGCCUGCGAGGGCAUGUACCGCGACGCCGGCUACGUGGAGCACAUCCCAAACAUCUUCCUGUGCGCCGGCUGGGCGGCCGGAGGGCGCGACUCGUGCGAGGGUGACUCUGGCGGACCUCUGGUGCUGAAGCGCGAGGACUCUGACCGCUACGAGCUGAUCGGCAUCAUUAGCUGGGGCAUCGGCUGCGCGCAGCAGAACCAGCCCGGCGUCUACACGAGGAUCACCUACUUCCGAAAGUGGGUGGAGCAGAUCAUGUUGUUCUAGCGUCAGCGCCGGGUGCUGUAGCCAGUGAGCCAGCCGGGGACCUUCUGUGAUCGCGCGAACAGCGAGUGAGGGACCGGUGCGCGGGGUGGGGUGCAGUCGCCGAGCGAGCCAAAGAUGACACGGCCGGGCCGGAACGUCGGGUCCGAGUCGGCCGGUCGGUGCCGCGGGGUCAACCAGCCUGGGGAGAGGCUUUCCGAAUCCAUCGCCAAACGGAACGCCCGGAGAGCCUCAGGGCUCAGACAGAGCCGUGAGUGUCUCGAACCAAGCUGAGUCCAUCUUGGAUCAGGUCUCAAGAACUUCGGGCCAAGCGGACCGAGCUGCGCGAGCCAGAGGACCGAGCGGUGACCACGCAGACCAGGUCGCUCGAGCAAAAGGACCAAGCCGCGAGAGCCAGGAGACCAAGGCGAGCGGGCCAGAGGACCGAGCCAAGCCAUCGACAUCCUCCAUCCUGAGAUGCUCCAGCGACCGUGUGGCGCCGUCGAACGAGCUGUGUAUACCAUGUAUUUAUUGACCGUAUUAUUUAUUGAGAGAUGCUUUACUGUGCGGACGAGAAGCGAGUGUCUAUGUGAUGUUCAGGGCAUACAUAUCCGUCAAGGUGCUCAAGAGAGACUGGGGAAGCUGUCUUCAAGCGCCUACCCAGGAUCCGACGUGCCUCUGUAGCUAUACUCGGUUUUGUUAACUUCACGAUAAAUACUGAGGCCCUGAACUGUUGUUAUCUUGUUACUGAUUGUGGAAGAGCUCGGGCGGCGUGCGAUGAGAGGCAUCGCAGCUAAAUCGUGUUAGUCUGUGUAGUUCAGUUCCUGACCGCUUGGUGUCGCGUCAGUCGUGCGGUACCGGGGCAUAUGCAUCGAGCCACAUGACAGGCACGCCCUUGUCGGUGUUGUGUGUAUGUGAGAGUGUGUGUGUGUGCGUGUAAACCGAAAUCGUGACUCGCCCGCAAUAAGACCGACACACUGUGA